AUUUCUGAGCUGUCAAGUGUAAGACGUCAAUACUCAAUAGUAUAUAAACAGUAAAAUUAUUUAGUAAUCAAUAUCUCAAUUCUCUAGAGAAUUAAUCAUUUCUUGCUUUGGCUUAGAAAAUAAAAUAAAAAUAUUAUAACAUAAGGUAUCAUUAAUAUCGUUAAGGUAUCGUUAAAGCCGCAAUCAGUAAUGGCAAUUCAACGUGAUCCACGUAUAGAAAACUGUACUAUUCCAAUAAAAAGUAGAACCGAAGUCAAUGUUCGUAUUCUACUUAAUAAAUGUGAACAAAUAGCAAAAGAUGAGCAAUUGGAUUCUAAUUCACGACUAAAACAAUAUGUUCAAAACCUGGAAAGUAUGAUCAAUGAACUGAAAGCCGAAUGUCCAGAAAAACCCGCCAAAGAAUUGCCAGACUAUGUCAAAAGAGUAACAUUUUUGAAAGGGUUGAUACAAACUGCAACUUUAAACAGUCCAAUAGAAAAGCUAGAAGCUGUCCAGUUGCUUUCUCAUGGGGCAGCCACUAUGUCAGUUGAUGCUUCUGCACAAGAAAUUCAUCAGAAAACGGUAUCUAAGUAUGGUCUUGAGUUGCGGUCUGAAUUGUUUGGGCCAGAAGAUAGUGAUGACACAUUAAGAAGGCGAAAUAUUAUUAAGGCUCCAAACUUUACAAGAAAUAGCAGUAGUCAAGAGGAUAUUGACUCACUUUUAAAAUAUCAUCAAAAUAUGCAAGAAAAAGUUGCUGAAAACAUGGUUUUACUCACUAAGAGUUUGAAGGAACAAUCACAGAUUGCCAGUAAAAUUAUCAAAGGUGACACAGAGGCAUUGAAAAAAUCGUCUAGUCUAACGGACAAUAACCUAACAUCAUUAAAAGUGGAGUCUGAAAGACUUCAGGUGCACAGUAGGAGUGCAUGGAAGUGUUGGCUGUGGUUGAUGCUGGCUGUUGUUAUGGCUAUAUUUAUAAAUAUGGUCCUCUUCAUGAAAGUGAUGAAGAAAAGAAAAAUUGAUCUAUAAUAUCAUGGAUAGAAUCUUAUGUAUAUCUUUAACUUAUUGACAUGUAAUAAUUAAAAGACAUUUUCCUCUAUCAUAUAUUUAUUACUAUUUUCAUGUAAUUCAUUGAACUUGUGUACUUGCUAAUAAAUAUGAAAAUACUGUA